AUGGAGAAAAUUAUUUCAAUUGAAAAAAAAUCAUUAAUUGAAUAUGCAAAAGAUUUUGCAUUAUUAAAUGGAUUAUCAAUGAGAACACGUGAACAUCCUGAUUCUUCAGAUACCAUUGAACAUGCUCCAUUUACCCUUUUUCCAAGUUAUUUUGAUGAAACAUCAUUCUAUUAUGUUAAAAAUUUACAAAAACAUAUACAAAUGUUAUACUAUAAAGUAUCACAAGAUAUACCAUUUUUAAUUGAGACACAUAAAGAUAUUGUUAAUCAAGAUAAUUUAAUAAAAGGACUUUGUAAUGUAUUAAUUAAAAGUUCUAUUGAUCCUAGUCCCCAACAAUUUAAUUUAAUACUUCAGCGUAGUGAUUAUAUGCCUCAUGUCAACAGUAAUAAUAAAAUAGAAAUAAAACAAGUUGAGGUUAACAAUAUUGCUGUAAGUAUGGGUGGAUUGGGUAAUGCUAUAGAAAAUCUUCAUAGAAAUAUUCUAAACAUAUUUUUUAAAGAUGUUAUACUUAAUCAAGAAGAUAUUUAUCUUCCUGAAAAAAGUAAUCCUGCAAAACUUUGUGCUGAAGGUUUAGUAACAGCAUUAAAAUAUUAUCAUAUAAUUGAUUAUAAUGAUAAUCCAAAGAGAGGAAUGUUAUUAUAUGGAAAUUCACUACCAUUAAACUGUGCUUCUAUUUUAACUGUUACAGAAGAUGUAUCAAGAAAUAUUUUUGAUCAACGUCAUAUUGAAGCUGAGAUACAAUAUCUAACUAAUUAUAAUGUUAAAAAUUUCAGAAUACCUUUAUCACAAUUAAAUUCACGUUUAACUCUUGAUGAAAAUAAAAAAUUGUUUCUUGAUAAAAAAUAUGAAAUAGGUUUAGUUUAUUAUAGAACUGGAUAUUCAAUUGAUCAAUAUAAUGAUGAAACAAAUGACUGGGAUACAAGACUUUUAAUUGAAAAAUCAGCAGCAAUAAAAUGUCCAUCUAUUGGUCUUCAAUUGGCUAAUACUAAAAAAAUGCAACAAGUUUUGGCAAACAAAUGUGUUUUAAAAAAAUAUGUUUACGAUGAUGAAGUUGUAGAAAAAAUUUUUAAAAGUUUUGCUAAAUUAUGGCCUUUAGGUGGAGAUAGUGAUGAAGAAAAAUUAGUAAUUAAGGAUGCAAAAAGCAAUCCUGAUAAAUAUGUUUUGAAACCACAAACUGAAGGUGGUGGUGGAAAUUUCUUUGGGAAAGAUAUACCAAAUUUACUUAAUAGUCUUUCUAAAACUGAAUUAAAAUGUUAUAUUUUAAUGGAAAAAUUGCACCCAACUCCUACUGAAAAUUUUCUUAUUAGACCAAAUCAAAAAGUAGAAAAAAGUCAAGUAGUAUCUGAACUUGGAAUUUAUGGUUGGUUAAUUGCAGAUAAAAAAAAUAUUUUUCCUAAUAGAAAUUCUACUUACUAUUCUUAUAUGAUGCGUACCAAAGAAUCAACAACAAAUGAAGGAGGAAUUUGUGUUGGUGCAGCAUGCUUGGAUUCUAUAAUUUUUAAAAACUUUGAAAAAGAUUUUUAUACAAAUUUUAUUUAA